AUGUAUCAACGCCAUCAUAAAUCUUUCGCAAAAACUUCCUACUCUGAAGAGGGUGCCGAUGACUUGGUAUAUAUGUUUGCUAAUGUUCCUCAAUGUUGCUUAAAAGUUUUGGUGCUAAGCAAAUGCCAACUUGGUCAAGUUGGCAUCCUCAAAGUACUCGAGGCACUGUCUCAAAAUUGUUGGCUUGAAGAGCUCUACUUGGCUGACAACAUAUAUCCGAACAAGGAAAACAGUCACCAAAGGAUGCCGGUGAAAGAAAGCUCGUACGGAAAGCAGGCCAAUGCCAACUCUUCAUCUAAGGUAUCUGCAUCUGAAGAGACUGCUUCCACAAAUGAGGUCUGUGCAAUUGCUGCAGAAGAAAAUCAGGUCGACGUUGCAGGAAAUGGUGAUGAUGAUAGAGCGAGGGAGACAACUGCAAAAUCCGCAUCCAGUGAGAUCCAUAUUAGCUCUACUCCAGAGAGCGAACCCAGUUUGGAUGGUCAAUUUAUUCAAAAGCUUUUAGAUACAAUCGAAAAGGCUACUGAGUUGCAAAUAUUAGAUCUCAGCAAUAACCAGUUCUGCCGGGGUGAAGCAGAGGAGUUGUACGCUGCGUGGUCAUCAGGUUCUAGAGCUGCAACAGCUCGGAGUCAUAUUUCGAAUGGCGUGAUCCAUCUAUCAGUUCAGGGGAGAAAAUGUUGUGGUAAGAGGCCCUGCUGUCGAAGGACUUAA